CCUUCAGCGCGCGGAGACCGGAAGCGGAAGCAGAAAGGGGAGGUGGGGGAACUUUGUACCGGUGAGCGAAAGAAGACGAAGGAGGAGAUAAGAUAAACAGCGAGACCGCCAUCAUGCCUAGGGGAAGCCGGAGCAGGACCUCCCGCAUGGCGCCGCCGGCCAGCCGUGCGCCGCCACCCAUGCGCUCUGCCCCGCCACCAGCGGCACGCGCCUCCGUCCCAGCGGCCGCUCCUCCUUCGGCCGUGGCUUCUCCGGCCCCCAGGCAGCCUGGCCUCAUGGCUCAGAUGGCCACCACCGCCGCAGGCGUUGCGGUCGGCUCCGCCGUGGGGCACACUCUGGGGCACGCCAUGACGGGAGGGUUCGGAGGCGGAAGCGCCGAAGCUGCCAGGCCAGACAUCACUUACCAGGAGCCGCAGGGGGCCCAGCCCAUGGCCCAGCAGUCCCAGUUCACGCCUUGCCAGUAUGAGAUGAAGCAGUUCCUGGAGUGCGCCCAGAACCAGGCCGACCUGAAGCUGUGCGAGGGCUUCAGCGAAGUGCUCAAGCAGUGCCGCUUUGCAAAUGGUUUAGCUUAACUCAGCUCCAGGGACGACAUCCCAGCUCUGUUACGGAACGACAUGUCACUAGUAAAAGUCUUCUCUAAUAUCAACAAAGCCGUCUUGCAUUUCUUUAGUGAUCGCUUUUCUGCCUAGGAAGAAAGCCUGGAGCGCAUUUCAGGGCAAGAAGGAUUGCGGCGAUGGAGUUCGCUGUCGGUUGGGGUGGGCUUAAAGGGCGUGGGAUCAUGGCGAUUGUUGUCACCUGCGUUCGCUGUCCAUGCUCCUGUGCCUGGCAGUAGUUGUACAGUGUGAGCCUCAAAAUAAAAGUUGGUUUUCCUCCAGGGAA